ACACAAGAUGGCGGCGCCCAGUGGAGUGGAGGCCGCGCUUGGGGCUUCCCGAGGCUGACUCUCUCCCUUUGGUGACAGUCGCCGCGAGUGGGAGGACAGGGGCCGGGCGGGGACAGGGGCACCUGCGUGGCUGGACCGCGAGCCCGCGCCCAGCCUGCGCCGCCCCACCCGGCCCCGGCCCGGCCCGGCUUUUCCCGAUCCGGUCCCCCCCUUCCCGGUCUCCUCCCGGUCUGACCGGUUCCCGGCCUCGUCUGCCGCUCCAAGCUUCUAAAACUGAGGAAUUUCCUCCAGUCCCGCUCACUGUCACUUUCGACAUGUUCUGCCUCUCCGCUCCCGAACAGCCCGCCUUCCAAACCGGGACUCCCUUCGCUCUCCUAAGAGUCUUCCCUCCAACCCUCUUCAGACCUUGGUUCUCGCUCGGUUAGGGGUUCGCAUCCCUUCCAGAUUAGCCCCCCGACUCUCCAGAUCCUGGCAGCUUUAACACGGCCUCCACGGAGGAGCCAGCCUUGCUUUCGUCCUGAACUCCGCAGCCCUAUCAUGGAGGCUGUGUUCCUGGUGGUGAACGGGGUGGGCCUGGUGCUGGACUUGCUGACCUUGGUGUUGGAUCUCAACUUCCUGCUCGUGUCCUCCCUCCUGGCCACCUUGGCCUGGCUCUUGGCCUUCAUCUACAACCUGCCACACACGGUCCUGACCAGUCUUCUCCACUUGGGGCGAGGAGUCCUGCUCUCGCUGCUGGCCUUGGUGGAAGCGCUGGUCCGGUUUACCUUUGGCGGCUUGCAGGCCUUGUGGACUUUUCUCUACAGCUGCUACUCUGGCUUGGAGAGCUUGAAGCUCCUAGGGCACCUGGCCUCUCAUGGAGCUCUGAGGAGCCGAGAACUACUCAACAGGGGCAUCCUGAACAUGGUCUCCAGUGGCCAUGCUUGGCUGCGCCAGGCCUGUGACAUCUGUGCCAUUGCCAUGAGCCUGGUGGCCUAUGUGAUCAACAGUCUGGUCAACAUCUGCCUCAUCGGCACGCAGAACCUCUUCUCUCUGGUGCUGGCCCUGUGGGAUGCCGUGACGGGGCCUCUGUGGCGGAUGACAGACGUGCUGGCGGCUUUCCUCGCCCACAUUUCCAGCAGCGCGGUGGCCAUGGCCAUCCUCCUCUGGACCCCCUGCCAGCUAGGGCUGGAACUGUUGGCCUCAGCGCUCCGCCUCCUGGCCGGCUCUGUUCUUUUCAACCUCACGGGUUUGGUGUUGCUGGCUUGUGUGCUGGCGGUGACUUUGACCGUGUUACACCCAGACUUUACCUUGAGGCUGGCCACCCGAGCCCUCAAUCAGCUUCAUGCCCGACCAUCCUACCACCGGCUCCGAGAGGAUGUUGUACGGCUCUCUCGCCUGGCGCUGGGUCUGGAGGCCUGGCGCCGAGUCUGGAGCCGAAGCCUGCAGCUGGCCAGCUGGCCGAAUCGGGGAGGGGCGCCAGGGGCCCCCCAAGGUGCCCCCCGAAGGGUGUUCUCAGCCAGAAUUCAGGGACAGGACGCUCUUCCUGAAGCAGAAGAGGACGUCAGGACCAACAGGACGGCACCCGCUAGAGGCCGAGAGAGACUCAAUGAGGAUGAACCGACAGCAGGGCAAGACCCAUGGAAGCUGCUGAAGGAGCAGGAGGAGAGGAAGAAGUGUGUCAUCUGCCAGGACCAGAGCAAGACCGUGCUGCUUCUGCCCUGCCGGCACCUGUGCCUGUGCCAGGCCUGCACCGAGAUCCUCAUGCGCCACCCCGUCUACCACCGCAACUGCCCGCUCUGCCGCCGCGGCAUUCUGCAGACCCUCAAUGUCUACCUCUGAUGACUCCCUCCCCGCCCGCCCACCCUCCGCGCUCCACACGCUGGGACAGCAUCAGCCUUCUGCCUCUGGGUCUUGGCCUGAGUCUUCUUUGCCUCUACACGACGACGCGACUCCGUCAAGCCUCAAGCCAUAUAUCCAGGACUUGUAGCUGGAACACUCUGGAAGACUCCAGCCUGGGUGGGACAGGGUAACAGUUUCUCUGCACCCUGCCCGUGGGGCCCUGUGGUGUUGAGGGUGGUGAGUCUGUCACUAUGCAAGGGCCCUGAGACUAUGGCGGGCUUUUCCCCAGUCUGCCCAGGGCCCACCCAGAUGCCAGCCUGUCGGGCUAACCUUUGCUUCUGGCUUUUCUGUUGGGGUUUUUGGUCCUUCCCCCCUAGGCCACACCACAGUAGUGUCAUGUGAGGAUUUCGGCGACUCAUGAGCCUUGGAGUGAUCUUCAUUUUUCUAUUUUUGUUUUUUCUUGUUUUGGAAUGAUCGUGACUCUUUAUGUUCAGCCAGAGCCUCUGCCCUGGCGGGUCUGGGAGUAGAAUCCCGUAGGUGCCCUUAGAGCCACUUCUGCCGGUUACCGUCUUUUAAAGACUCCCAACUUGACCCAGAACCUGGGGUGAGUAGUUUAUCCCUGGGUACAGGAGUGCAGCUAAACCUGGCUUUGGGACCAUUUACCCUGAGGCACUCAGUUCCAAGAGGAGCCUCAGAAGGAAGGCCCAAAUUUCUGCUCAUUCCCCUCACACCUCCCAUGGCACUGAACAUGGCAUUCCUUCUGGUCUCUCUCUGGCACCAGGGAGGGCAUUCUGCACAUUUCCCUAGGGUUCAAACAAGGGGCUCGGCCUGGGGCAUGCAGCCCCGUUAGGUCUGCCUGCCCAAUUUCUAUGAAUAAA